AUGAUAUUUCCAACUGAGCCUUACAUUAAAAAGAAGUUCUUUUAUAAGAAUAUGUUAGCAGAUAACUCAAAGAUAAACUUCCUUAAUUAAUAUAAGGUUUUACAGUAAAUGAAAGAUAAUCAUACAAAUCAUAAUAAACAUCAUAUUCAUACUUAAAUUACAUAAGUAAGUUUAUACAAACCAAUGUUCAGUAUUCAUUCUCCUUAAUCAUCUUAAACUAUAAAUAAAUCAGAAAGACCAGGAUUGAGUUCAGUUAAGCGUUUUCAUACUCAUAAUUCAUAAUAAACUAUUUUAAGCAAGCCUAAUAUUGAAACUCCUAAAAUAGAAACCAGAAAAGAAAGAAGAGCUCCUCUUCAUAAGAGAAAACUUAUGUUAAAAUCACCAUCUUUAGAAAUUACAGAAUAUCUAGAAUUUUUAAAAAACUAAAAGUAAUCUAACAAUUCUCUUAAAUAUUCAGAUAUUUUAAAAGAAGAAAUACCAAUUAUAACUAUGAAUUAAUAGAAACAAUAAAAUUAUAAAAAAUUAAAAGAGGAACAAAGAAACUAUUUAUAAUUAUUAUUUUAAUGGUAAAUUGUUAUAUCUUAUCUUAUAGUACAAGUAUAGUAUCUCGUAUUUAAGAAGGAACUAACUUUUAGGAUAUUGUUAAUUCGUGUACACAUCAAUAUCCAAAUCUAAAACAUACUAUUGAUUAACUUAUGCAAGAUAUCGAAGUUGCUUCAUAAAUAUAUACAAGUCCAACUUAAUUAGGAGCUACUCUUGGUAGAAUCACUGGAGUUGAUCAUAAAAUAUUUUAUUUACUAUUCAGACCGAAAAGUGAUUAUCCAGAAUCUAAUCAACAUUUUUCUAUUGAUGAAGAUUUAUGUAGAAAUUAUAUCUUUAUUAAACCAAACAAAUAUGAUAUUUAUUAUAGAAUCUUUGGGGCUGGUGAAAUGCCUUUAGAAUUUUAAGAUUAAUUAGGUUAACAUACACCUUUAAUUAAUAGACAUAAAAUUAGACAUUCAGAAUAUUUAUUAGCCUAAUAAAAUAAAGAUAUAAUUCCAUCUAUUGAUUAUGAUUUUGUUAAGAAGAUAUCAUACUACUAAAAAAAUUUAUAAUUAUUUUUAAAGUAGAAAUCAGGAGAUAUCUUAACUAAUCUAAGAUAAUAAAUGAUGGAUGAAGAAAAAUAAAAUGGCAAUCUACUUAGACAUACUAUACUAUCCAAAUUGAUUGAUUCUGAAAAUCAAAUUGGCCAUUUUCCAUUAGUAACUCGAUAAAAUCGAUAUUUAUUCGAAAAAGUUGAAUACGAUCAAAGAAUACUAAAUAAAGAAAAAAAUUGAAAAGAAUUUCAAAUCAAUUUAUGUUUAUUAUUUAU